AUGAAACACUACGGAUCAUGGGACGUUGUCGCCGCAGUGUUCCCACAAAAGAGUCGAACUAUUCAAAAGCGCGUCAUCAGUUUUGUUAAAGUGCUCCACUUCUACCUUCUGCAAAACUACACAGAGAAGAAGACGUACUAUAGUGAGAAUCAUGCGCUGAACAGCCACGAGGUCGAAGUCUCCGUGCUGCCCAACGGCCUGGCAAUCAUCUCCACGAAGUACUUCAAAGGCAGCCUGUCGGACAUGGCCACCUUCGACCAGAACAUCGACUUCUACUUCGGAACUUUGGCCAAGCACCCAAACGAAGACAACCUUGCAGACCCCAACUGA